AUGGAUGUACACGAGAUAUCAACACAUGAACCAUCCUUAUCGCUGUCCAGAGACUAUAACCCCCGAAAACGAGGUAGGACGGCUUGCACGCGGUGCAAGCUGAGGAAACAGAAAUGUGAUAAUGAAUAUCCGAUUUGCUCUAAUUGCCAGAAAGCCGGAACCUCAUGUGACAAGUAUACCGUGCGGCAAGAAAAUAGCCAGCAGAACGGAUAUAUCCGUUCUCUGGAGGAUCGUGUUGCAUAUCUUCAGUCCGAACUGGAAGCUAGACCAGCAAGGAGUGGCCCUGGUAGCAAUGUCACUCAGUCCACCCCGACUACUUUCCAGUCCUCUGAAAACCGAAAUACGGCUCAGAGACCAUCAACCACUGGCAUCGAUAAUAAUGCAGUUGGGGAGCUUGUUGGGUUUCUUGCGUUGAAUUCGGAGGCUCCGGCCUAUGUGGGCUCCAGCUCGGGGCUUCCACUUGCUUCGAAUCUUGGAGAGAUGGUCCAGGCGACGGUGUGGAAUCAAUUCCUUAAUCCUUCGCGAGUUCAGCAAACCCUCGCUUGUCAUGGUAAUAGACCAAAUUCGAGUCAAUGGACGUCAGAUCCAACCGCUCAACCGUCGAGCACUAUUGGUCCUCUCGGACAGGGGAGGACGGAAGAGCUGCUGAAAGGGGCAGAACCCCCAAAUGAUGAAAUGGGAUUCAAAGUUUUGCAAGCAUAUUUGACCAGGAUUCAUAUACGCUACCCCCUUAUUGACAGGGAUGAGUUAUGGCGAUUACAUGGAAACCGUUGGCGCUUGGCGAAGCUGAAGAGUGAGGAGAUCACCAGAAAUGAAAGAUUUGGUAUUUUCAAAUUAUACUUGGUGUAUGCUAUUGGAGCGACAAUGAUUCAGCUGAGCGAGAAGUACAUAUACGUGAAUCCUGAAAAAUACUACAUGACUGCUCUACAACAAGCUCCAGCCAUGUGCGAGACACGAUCAAUUGAAAAUAUCGAAGCCAUGACUCUGCUAGUCAUAUACCAUCUCCGUUCCUCUUCGAGCCAAGGCAUAUGGUACAUGAUUGGACUCGCGAUGCGCAUUGCUAUUGAUCUGGGGCUUCAUCGAAAAGCGAACGAAGCCAACCUAGACCCGUUCACUGCGCAGAUGCGUCGAAGGCUUUUCUGGAAUGUCUACUACUUGGAGAGAGUCAUAUCUAUGUCUCUUGGCCGUCCCUUUAGCAUUGCAGAUCGACAUAUUGAUCUCCCUUUACCCUUGGAUGUAGAUGAUACCGUGCAAGAUCCGGCGUUACUGAAUGCUCCUCCACCGUCUGACCGAACGACCACAUUGACCUUUGCAGUGUACCUGAUUCAACUUCGUCGCAUCGAUUCCAGAAUCCAGCACAAAAUCUACCGCGCAGAUAAGCCGCUACACACUCUACGCUCAAAAAUGGACCGGUUGUUCCUCGAGCUACAGGAAUGGAGGGAAUCCGCACUUUUGCGCAACUUUAGUGGCUCGGAUUUGGACUACACAACGCUCCAUUACAACCGCGCAUUACGGAUUCUAAUUCAACCAUUCUUACCAGCUCUCUCGCUUGCAGAUCCAUACUACCAUAUCUGCCUCAAUGCCGCAGGAGACAUCUGUCAAACACACAAAAGGCUCCAUCAGACACUUGAAUAUGGCCAUUCCUUCCUGGCAGUCCAGACUGUUUUCAUGGCCGGUAUAACACUCUUGUAUGCUCUCUGGACGCACACAAAUGAGGUCUGGUCUGUUAAGUUGAGCAACGAUAUCCGCGCAUGCUCAACAGUCUUAUUCGUCAUGGGCGAACGAGCAGCAUGGGUGAAAAAGUACCGCGAUGCAUUCGAACUCCUCGUCAACGCUGCGAUGGAGAAACUCGAAGGGAAUGAGAACACCAAGGCUGCAGGAAUGGCUGAGCUGAUGACAGCCCAACAUAAUCAGGGCGCAAAUGCUGCUCCUGAUAGUACUACUGCCUUUGGUAUGCCCAAGAACGAAGGCCUUCCUGCGAGCAAUAUACCGACUGCGAAUCCUAUUGGACUGGUACCCGAAUCAGCGCUAGGAGGAAUGCCUCAACAACUGAUGGAUAGUAACUACUACGGAGUGCGGAUGGCUUUACAUCUUGCCCCUUGGAUCGACUUGAAUGCGGACAGUCCUUUCUGGAUGCCUAACUUUGAGACACUGGAGAAUUUGUCUGGGACGCAGUGGAGUUAUGGGGAUCCGGCUCCGUUUGAUGCCCUUUGA